AGGAGGGAACAUGGCUCACUUUGGAAUUGUAUGUGCCCCCUUGAGCCCUUUUGGCUUCCAUGCACCUUGGCAGCAUCCUGGGUGUUAAUUUGUGUGGCCCGAAAGGCAGCAGCUUCUCAGUGUGAACUCUGUUUUCUAGCUGGUGUGAUCCCCCCAGAUUCAGUGCUUCAUUUUGAUGUACUUCUGAUGGAUAUCUGGAAUUCAGAAGAUCAGGUUCAGAUUCAUACUUACUUCAAGCCCCUCAGUUGCCCUCGGACCAUCCAGGUGUCUGAUUUUGUAAGGUACCACUACAAUGGAACAUUCUUGGAUGGAACACUGUUUGAUUCGAGUCACAAUCGUAUGAAAACGUAUGACACAUACGUGGGAAUUGGCUGGCUGAUUCCUGGAAUGGAUAAAGGGCUGUUGGGGAUGUGUGUGGGAGAAAAGCGCAUCAUCACCAUUCCUCCUUUUCUGGCCUAUGGAGAAGAUGGAGAUGGUUUGAUUCCCACGUCACCGCUCUUGCUACAACGGCCUGUUUCCCUUAUGGGCGUCUUAGCAGAUGCAUACGGCAUGAACACAGACAGUGUCUGGCAACAAGACGAUGCCUGGAUGUGCAGCCAGGUAGCCAUAAGACCCCAGAGAGUUCCCUUGUCCCUUCGCCAUGUGCGGAUACAGCAAAAACACACCAUCUAUGAACCAGGAAGUGGGCCCUCACCAGACACCAGAUCUGUGAUCUGCUGGUGUCUUGGUCCUGGCUGCCAGCCUAUGGAACUCUGA